AAAAAAAAAAAAAAAAGGUGGAAUCCAACUUCUCUCCCGAUUCACCAAUUAUAUCAUUAUCAACUCUCCCAAACCAACCACUUUCCUCUCCUUCGCCGCCGAUCCGAUCCAUCUCACAGUGGUUCGCCUUUCGAAAUUUAGCUGCAUGAGCUGGUUCGGGAAGCUGCGUUUAUUCUCCAAUUUCAAUUCAUUCUACUUCAUUACUUGUCUCUUAAUUUUUAUUCUCCAUUUCUCACCUCAAUCCCUCCAACCCUCAUUAAUCGACGCUAAAUCUAAUCACACUUCUAUUUUCCCUCUUUCCUCGCAAUAUGGAGUCCCGAUUCAGGAGUAAUCGCAGAGGUCUUUGCUAUGAAAAUGUUGACAAGGAGCAGGGGAGGUCCCCGUCUGUUAUUGUCAUUGGAGGUGGCAUGGCUGGGAUUGCUGCUGCUCGGGCUCUUUAUGAUGCCUCGUUUCAGGUUGUUCUUUUAGAAUCACGGGAAAGACUUGGUGGCCGAAUACACACUGAUUACUCAUUUGGCUUUCCUGUUGACCUGGGUGCAUCUUGGUUGCAUGGUGUUUGCAAGGAGAAUCCAUUGGCUCCAUUGAUUGGGAAACUGGGACUACCUCUUUACCGUACUAGUGAGGAUAAUUCUGUCCUUUAUGACCAUGAUUUGGAAAGCUAUGCACUUUUUGAUAUGGAGGGAAAUCAAGUUCCCCAAGAGUUGGUAACAAAAGUUGGUAAAUUUUUUGACAUGAUUUUACAAGAGACAAAUCACGUACGAGAGGAAUUCACUGAAGACAUGUCCAUACUCCGCGCACUUUCCAUUGUUUUUGAAAGAAAACCGGAAUUGAGGUUGGAAGGGCUAUCAUACAAGGUGUUGCAGUGGUAUAUAUGCAGAAUGGAGGGCUGGUUUGCUGCAGAUGCUGAUGCCAUAUCACUGAAAUGUUGGGAUCAGGAAGUAUUGCUUCCUGGUGGUCAUGGUCUUAUGGUCAGGGGUUAUCAGCCUGUUAUAAAUACCCUAGCCAAGGGUCUUGACAUUCGCUUGGGACACAGGGUCACAAAAAUAGUUAGGCAAUAUAAUGGAGUAAAGGUGACGGUAGAAAAUGGGAAAACAUUUGUUGCUGAUGCAGCCAUUGUUGCUGUACCUCUUGGGGUACUGAAGGCAAAGAGCAUAACAUUCGAGCCAAAGCUCCCAGACUGGAAAGAAGCUGCCAUUUCUGAUAUUGGGGUUGGAAUUGAGAAUAAAAUAAUUUUACACUUUAAAAAUGUUUUUUGGCCUAAUGUGGAAUUUUUAGGAGUAGUUGCAGAGACAUCUUAUGGAUGCAGCUACUUUCUUAAUCUCCACAAGGCUGCCGGUCGUCCUGUCCUUGUUUACAUGCCUUCUGGGCAGCUGGCCAAAGACAUUGAGAAAAUGUCUGAUGAAGCAGCUGCUAACUUUGCUUUCAUGCAGCUCAAAAGGAUCCUUCCAGAUGCUUCUUCUCCGAUUCAGUAUCUUGUGUCUCAUUGGGGUUCAGAUAUCGAUACGCUAGGUUCCUAUAGCUAUGAUGCAGUUGGGAAACCACAUGAUCUAUAUGAAAGGCUACGGGUCCCUGUAGACAAUUUAUUCUUUGCAGGCGAAGCAACGAGUAUGUUGUAUACGGGGUCUGUGCAUGGUGCAUUCUCUACUGGAAUGAUGGCAGCUGAGGACUGCAGGAUGCGUGUCCUAGAGCGUUACGGGGAGCUAGAUUUGUUCCAGCCGGUAAUGGGAGAGGAUGUUUCAGUGAUACCACUCCAGAUCUCUCGUUUGUAAUCUCCAGAUGCUCCCAGUGGCAUAUCUGGUGUUAAAUGUUGUGUUGAACUGUUGGUGUGUUCCUUAGAACUGCUGUGACUCCUAGAAUUUGAAUUACGCAGAAAUGCCUUAGUGACAUGCUGCCUCAUUUGAGUUUUUUACUCAAAUAAUAUUAUUUUUAAAAAAAUUUACUCAAA